UUUUCUGCACGCCUCUAUUCCACCAGCUACUUUAGCGUGGCUGAAGACAACAAAGAGGCGAAAUCCUUAUAGUUUUUCUUUGACGAUUUCUAAAAACAUAAGCAGGUUCAUCAUCUGGCAGAAUGCUCGGGGCGGUGGUGGUUGGUGUCGGUACAGCUGGGGCGGUACGGAUCAGAGACAUGUUGACCCCGCUAGCUGGAAGUGCUGCAGAGAAGCUGACUGUCCAAGGGUUCAUAUCCAGGAGAAAACUCGAUGCUCACCAGGGCGUGAAACAAAUCUCAGCAGAGGAGGCUGUGAGCAGAGAGGACAUCCAUGCUGCAUUCAUCUGUACUGAGAAUGACUCUCAUGAAGACUUUGUCAGGAUGUUUCUGCAAGCUGGGAAGCAUGUCUGUGUGGAGUAUCCCAUGGCCCUGUCUUACCAGGUUGCUGUUGAACUGUGGGCUUUGGCCCAGAAAAAAGGGGUGGUUCUACAUGAGGAGCACAUUGAGCUGCUGACAGAAGAUUACAAACAGCUGAAGAAAGAAGUAGAAGGGAAAACCCUGAUGGAAGGUUCUCUUCAUUUUGCUGGUGGAGCAUUGAAGCCUGGAUUUGGUUUUCCUGCGUUCAGUGGAAUUGCUCGCCUUUCCUGGCUGGUUGAUUUGUUUGGGGAGCUUUCAGUAAAAGCAGCAACUUUUGAAGAAGACGCCGAACAAGGCUACAGCAAGAUGACAGCACAGCUGCUAACGUCUGACAGCAAACAAUUGACAUGGAUUGAGGAACGACAAGCAGGUCUCCCAAGGACUAAGAAGAUCAACUUUGUGUUUGACGGCUUCACUUUGACCCAGAUUCCUCCAGCACCUAGAGGUACUGUUGGACUUUUUAUGCAAGACCUGAUCCACUUCUCUGCCAAGUUGUCAGGCCAAGUGAGUACUGGAGAACUUGACAGAGAGAGAGUGAGAAUCUUACACUGCUUGGAACUGGCCCAGAAGAUUCAGGAGCUUUGCAAAGUUAAAUAAGGAUUCUCUGGUUUGUCAAAAGCUUGUAUUGAUCCUGUUUGAAUUAAACAUUAUUUCACUA